AUGGAUGAGGUGAACCUGCUGGACAAAAUCACUCUCCAUGCCCAGGACCUCAGCAACGUUUCCUUCAGCUAUGACCACAGCAAGUGCAGGGUGCUGGAGAUCGGACAGUAUGCCACCCUCAACAUCCCCACCAGGGAGGCCUUUGGGGACAGGUUUGCAGACGAGCUGAGCGUGCUGCUGAAGCUCCGUUACUCCCUGAAGGAGGACACCAGCCUGGUGACCAUYCUCAGCCACCGCAGCCAUGUGCUCUUCCAGAUCAGGAUCAACCCCCAUGGCCUGGUCUUUGUCACCACGAGGAGGAGACACUACGAGUUCCCCGUUYCGUUCCUGGGCGAUGGGCGCUGGCACCGCGUGGCCCUGGGCAUCUCUCUGGAGAGGCUGGAGCUGCACGUGGACUGCAGGCUGGUGGACAGAGUGAGCUGGUCCAACUACUUUGGGAUGGCAGUGAACACCGAGGGGCUGGUCAUCGUCGGGGGCCUCAUCGAGUCCUUCGAGAUCCCCUUCAAGGGCGCUCUCCAGCAGCUGACCUUCGUGAUGGGAGACCCGGCCGCGGCUGCUGAGCACUGCCACAGCUCCAACUCCACCUGCCCGGGCUCCUUCAGCCUGCUCAGCCCCCCGUGGGAGCUCCCCACAGCCUGGCCACAGGUGCCAAAGGAAACCAAUGAAAUCCAGGAUUCAUCUGCUCAGGACUCCAGGCUCGCCAGCUCAGAUUUGGCCUUGGGGCCAUCUUGGCCAUGGGAGGAUGCUCAGGGGACCCUCAGCCUGCAGCCCGAUGGGAGUGCCCUGGCUUCCCUCUCGGCUCAGGAGAUGYCAUCAGCUGAGCAGCAGSAGGAGGAGGAGGAGGAGGAGGGCAGCCUUUCCAUGGAGGAUGAAGGCUUUGAGCUGCUGAACUCCACCUACAACAAAAUCACCGGGCCCGGCAGGCCGGCGCUCAGGAGAAGCUCCGGAGCCUCCCUCAAACCCCCCAGAGUGGCCAAGAAGGAGCGUGGCUCUGACCCCCGCCAGGAGAACRUCACCACCCAGAAGCUGUCGGGGCACACGGGCGCACGGCGGCGGCUCCCGCCUGGCAAACCCCGCCUGGAGCCCUUCCCCAAAUCAUCCCCGUCCGCUGCUCGGGGGGCUGAUCCCAAAGGAAGCCUCCCCAGGGGUCCCCUGAGGACAGGGACAGCAGUGGGUGUCCCGGAGCAUCCCCUUGGAGCAGGACACCCCGGAUCACAGGUGGCACGGGGACACCAGGGGCGAGUGAAGCCAGGACCACCGGGGCUGCCGGGACCCCCGGGGCGGCCGGGCUGUCCUGGCAGACGGGGGCUGGUGGGACCCAAAGGAGACAAACAAUCAUCAUUUUACCAGCUCCUGCAGGCGGGCUGGCCGGGACCCUGCGGAGCACCGGGAGAGCCGGGGGAGAAGGGCCAGCGGGGGUACGCGCACUUGGAUUUCUCUCCCCAGGGGGAACCCGGGCUCCAGGGCUUGCCAGGACGUGUGGGGUACCCUGGCUCUGAUGGAUUCCCUGGCCUUGAUGGCAAACCUGGGCCAUGGGGGCUGCCAGGGGAGCAGGGUCUCCAGGGCUUCCAGGGGGACCGAGGGCUGGCUGGUGACAAGGGAGAAGAGGGUUUCUUGGGUGACCCUGGCCCRGCUGGGGACAAAGGAGAGAAGGGGGUGAAGGGGGUGAAGGGAGAGAACGGGCUGCCAGGUCCUGCUGGGCUCCAGGGGCUGGCRGGGCUGAAGGGUGUCCUGGGCUUCCAGGGCCCUGCAGGGCCAGAGGGAGAAGGAGGCUCAGUGGGUCCCCCAGGCCCUGCUGGUCCCRUGGGAGAGCCCGGCCAGCCGGGAUCUUUGGGGUGCCGAGGCAUCAAUGGCUCGCAGGGGGAAAUGGGCCCUCCUGGUGUGCCCGGCCCUCGCGGCCCCAAGGGACCCCAGGGCUUGCAGGGCAGACGUGGCCCCCCUGGCCCCAGGGGCUCUCAGGGUCCAGCUGGGAUGGAGGGACCUGCUGGUCCCAAAGGAGACAUGGGUACAGAUGGUGCCCCCGGGGUGAGGGGACAGCUGGGACAGGAGGGCCCUGGGGGUUUUCUUGGCCUGCCAGGUUCAAAAGGCCCCCAAGGAGAGCGGGGCUGCCGAGGUGCAGGUGGAGCCAAGGGAGAUUCRGGAGCCAAAGGAGACAAGGGCCCACGAGGAGCACCAGGAGCAAAAGGCCCUGCAGGGCCCCGGGGCCAGGGGGGUUUGCAGGGCUUCCCUGGCCCCCGAGGGGCGGCAGGGCCACRAGGACCAGCUGGGGAAGAAGGUCAGAUGGGCCCUGCAGGGCUGAACAGCAGCGAGGGACCCAAGGGAUGCCAAGGACCUGACGGCCCCAAGGGARCCCCAGGACCACGGGGAGCCCGGGGCCGCGUGGGGCAGCGUGGGCUGGUUGGAGUGCCUGGGCUGCCUGGCUCGAGGGGCGCGCCGGGAGCGGAGGGCGCCGAAGGAAAGCCCGGUACCCAGGGUCASCCGGGCAUCGUGGGCAGCGCGGGCAGGAGGGGACCAGCGGGAUUUGCYGGUUUGCCGGGGGGCCGUGGGCACACUGGAACUCCUGGAUCCAUAGGCUCUCCAGGAAAGCCUGGACCUGAUGGAGAGCCAGGUUCCCUGGGMCCAAAGGGGCUGCCUGGGAAGCCUGGCCUGGAGGGGCCACAAGGACCUGUGGGCUCCUACGGCUACCCCGGAGCCGCCGGUGACCGUGGGAGGCUGGGACACAGGGGAGACAAGGGAGAAAGGGGAGCUCAGGGUCCACCAGGAUUCCCAGGAAAAGCUGGUCCCAAGGCCCUGCCAGGUCCCCCUGGUCCUCGUGGUGCUCCUGGCUUGCAGGGCAGGAGCGGUGACCCAGGCCCCCGAGGGCUCCCAGGGCUGCCUGGUGUUCCUGGCCCAAGAGGGAUGGAUGGCAUGCCUGGGAAGCCUGGCUUGGCCGGGGAAAGAGGCGCUCCUGGAGCAGCUGGGGCUGCAGGACCGGCUGGGUACCCGGGUGACACCGGUGACACUGGAGCCCCAGGCGAGCCAGGACAGCGGGGACGGAAGGGCAAUGCUGGCCCCAGGGGCCUUCCUGGGGCACCCGGGCCGGGAGCUGCCACAGGGGAAAUCGGAGGGAAAGGCCAGAAGGGAGAGAAGGGCCGAGAAGGUUUGAUGGGCCAGGGUGGUGUCACCGGAGCUGCAGGACCUGCUGGAGCCAGAGGAUGGUUUGGUGGGACAGGACUCCGAGGUGCUCCUGGGCUCGAGGGUCCYGAGGGACAGAAGGGAGAUCCAGGGCCACGAGGCGUGGAYGGACCUGCUGGGGCUGCAGGAUUCGAGGGACUGGCUGGAGAUGAUGGAGCCAAGGGAGAUAGUGGCAAGCCUGGCCCGGUGGGCUCUCAGGGCACUCGGGGCCUGGCAGGUGUCCCGGGGCUCCGGGGAUACACCGGGCAUGAGGGAGCCAGAGGAGUGACGGGCACCAAGGGCCAGCCAGGCCGGCAGGGGACUCUCGGGCCACCGGGCGAAGCUGGAGCCACCGGGCUGGGUGGCACCGAGGGCCUGGUGGGUGCAAAAGGGGAACCAGGCAAGCCGGGAAAACCAGGACAAACGGGGGACACGGGGCAGGACGGGGCACAGGGGCUCCCUGGAGAAGCUGGCAGGAGGGGCAAGCGAGGCAAGAYGGGCCAGCAGCCCCCACGGGGACCCCGGGGACACAAGGGCUACCCGGGUGCCAAAGGACUUCCAGGACCCCAGGGCCCCCAGGGACCCUAUGGCAUUCCAGGUCUGAAGGGCAUCAAAGGGGACCCUGGGCCAAAAGGACACAAGGGCGAGAAGGGCAGCAAGGGAGACCUGGGCCAGCAAGGGGAUGAUGGCUUCAAGGGCAAGCCAGGACCCCAUGGUGUCCCUGGGAGGCUGGGACCCAAGGGAAAGCAGGGUGACACCGGCCCCCCUGGCCCACGGGGACACCCUGGGAUCCCUGGGACACCAGGCCUGUCCGGACCGAAACAUGGUCCCCGCUCCCCUCAGGUCCCCAUCAAGGCUUGGCUGACCACCUACAGCUCCGAGGGCACCUUUGAAUGGUUCAGCACCCUGCCCGGGGGCUUCCUGCUGGAAUACGCGGGGGCCAGCCCGGUGCAGCUCCGCUUCCUGCGCCUGCACAGCCGCCGCGCCGCCCAGAAGGUCUCGUACUCCUGCCGAGCGGCCCCGCAGCGGGGCCRGCCCCAGCCCCGCAAGGAAAUCCGCUUCCUGACCGACUCCCGGGAUCACAGCUACGCAGCCAGCCUGCAGGGCUGCCCGCUGGACAACGAGUCCUCCAUCACGGACACCAUCUUCCAGUUCAGCACAGAGGAGCUGUGGCUGCUGCCCCUGCGGGACCUGGCUGUGUUCCACAACGGCGACGCCUCRCACCAGUUCGGUUUCACAGUCGGACCAGUUUGCUUCAGCUGAAACCGGUGCCACCCAAACUGAGCCAGCCGGUUCUGUCCCCACCCCAGAGCCAUCCCCGUGGGGACAAGUGGAGGYUGAGGGUGGCUGCCAGUUCUCUCCGAGAUCCGUGUUUGAAGCUCCAUUAUGCCCUGGACUCCACUUCCUCCUGGAGUAGAGGAAUAUUGUUUACAGAAGUCAUUUCUCUAUAAAUUAUAUAUAUAUUAUAAAUGUAUAUAUUAUAAAGGAGAAGGUGCUGAUUUAAUGACUGCUUGGGAGAGAUUCAUGUAAUUAUCAUGGCUGGGAACUGUCUGCUCAAGGAAAAAAAAAAUCAAGGAGCAAAACUCCUGCCAGCUUGGGAAAUGUGGAGGGAAAAGGGCUUUCCUUUGCCAGGGUACAAAUUGUUG